CUUAUAAUGGAGAAUCCUCAUGAGGAGCAGCAAAAUAAAAUUUUACAUCGUAUUAUAACAAAUGUUAGUAAAUUAAACCGCAAUUUGAAUGUUAUCAAUGAUAAAAUAGAGAAUGUGAACAAGGACAACAAAAACGCUGAACAAAUGUCACACAUGUGGUUAGCCUAUACCAAUUCAGUAAAGAUUCAUCUCCAUGACCAAACCAAAUAAAAUUCAACAAUACCGUCACGUCGAAAAUAAAAUUAAAAAAUCAAGACGCGACUUUUUUUUUUUUUUGUUGUUUCUUUUUUUUCUUUAUUUUUUUUUUUU